UGCCCAUGGUGUAGCCGCCAAGCGGAGGCAUGGCUGCCGGAAGGUUACUGCUCUAUACGGGCCUCUCGCUAGCGCUCUGCGCCCUCGGCAUGCUGGCCGUGGCCAUCUGCUCGGACCACUGGUACGAGACGGACGCCAGGAAGCACAGGGACAGGUGCAAGGCCUUCAACACUCGCCGGGUCGACCCCGGCUUCAUUUACAACAACAACAACAACUUGCCGCUCCGGGCGAGCCGCUCGCGUCUGGACCGCUGGGAGGGCAAACUCCUCCGGGCUCGGAACCGCCGGCAGCUCUUCGCCAUGAGCCCGGUGGACGAGUGCAGCCGGCAGUACAACUCCACCAACAUGGGCCUUUGGAGGAAGUGCCACCGGCAGGGCUUCGACCCCGAGAUCGCAGCCCUUAUUCGGAAAGGAGAAAUUGAACGAUGCACGUACAUCAAAUACCACUACUCCUCAGCCACCAUCCCCAGGAACCUCACUUUCAACAUCACGAAGACCAUCCGUCAGGACGAGUGGCACGCCCUUCAUCUGCGCAGGAUGACAGCUGGCUUCAUGGGCAUGGCGGUGGCCAUCAUCCUCUUCGGCUGGAUCAUCGGCGUGCUGGGCUGCUGCUGGGACCGGGGCCUUAUGCAGUAUGUGGCAGGGCUUCUCUUCCUCAUGGGAGGAACCUUCUGCAUCAUUUCACUGUGCACCUGUGUGGCCGGAAUCAACUUCGAGCUGUCACGCUACCCGCGCUACCUGUAUGGACUCCCCGAUGACAUCAGCCACGGCUACGGAUGGUCCAUGUUCUGUGCGUGGGGGGGCCUGGGCCUCACACUCAUCUCGGGGUUCUUCUGUACCUUGGCCCCUUCUGUCCAACCUGUCCCGAGGACCAACUGCCCUAAAUCCAGACCCGAGAACGGGACAGUGUGCUAAAAAACAAACCCAUACCUAUAUAUAUAUAUAAAUAUAUAUAUAUAAUAUACAUAUAUAAAACAAAACUAACUCAAGAGGAUGCCAUCAGGCACCCACAUCUCGCCGGACUUUGUGUCACCUCAUCACCGGGAUGGGGAAAGCAUUCCCAUCCCGUGGCUCUUCCAUCCCUUCUUGACUCUUGGCUCCAUGGUUUCUUGAAGACAGAAUGAACGUCACCCCCCGUGGUAGCAUCCCGAUCCCCGUCCCCCACGAGGAUGGGGUGGUGGGCCGAGAAGGGACAUGUCGCCAGGGGUCCGAAGCAGCCCAGAUGUAGAGAAGGAGAUGCCGUCCAUCGGGCCGGCAGGGAGGCACCACCCCAGCACCGACCGCAUCGCAGAGGAAGAAAGCCCGUAGUUCAUAGAAGGUAACCAGAUCUUCGAGGCCAUGUGCAGAACCACUUCUCCGGAUCUUCCUGUUCGGAUUCCCUUCCUGGCCCACCAGCGACACACAAGAAGUGCAAGAGAAAACAGACCGAGAAGGACAUUUUCUCUUUGCUGCCAAACUUUCGGACCAAGUUCUAGAGGUGGGAAGGGGGCCAGAGCAGCAUGCUGAGAGGCAAGGUCCUCGUCAAUAGAAGGACCCUUCCGUGGAUGCUCAGAAAACCCAGUCUUACCCCCAGCUGCCUUACACCAGUCAAACAAGAGGCCGCCCUGCCCCUGCCCCCGACCCCACCUUCCUUCCUGCACGGGCAGACUGGAGCCUUGGA